GCAGACAUGUACAAGCUGAGCAUCGUGCUGGUGGCAGUGGCGCUGUGCGCCGUGCAGGCGGCCCCCGCCCCCAAGGCGUCGCCCGGCCUGCUGGCGGCGGCCCCCGUGGCUUACGCGGCGGCCCCCGUGGCCUACGCCGCCCCCACCGUGGUGACGGCGCACAGCUCUCAGGUGGUGGCGCAGAACUUCCACGCGCCGCUCGUCGCAGCCGCCUAUGCCCUGCCGGCCGCCAUCCACGCGCCCGCCGCCGCCUUCGUGCUGUGAGGGUGCGCCACACCACACCACGUGCACCACGGCCUCCCAGCGCCACGCCGCCUGCUGCACCCACAUCAUUGUACAAAUGUAGAUAGCUACCAACUGCAAAUAAACAGCUGAAAGACAAGA